AUGGCAAUGCAAGACGAUGAACUCAAUGAAAUGCUAGCUAACCUCGGCAUAGACAAUAUGUUACAAGAUACCAACAAUAUAAUAGCCGAAAAUCUAACCGAACAUAUCAAUCGAAAAGGAAGUCAUUACAUGGCAGCAGUUGAGCAUUACACAAGUACAAGGAGAAAUAAGACAUCAUAUAUCAAAUGUUUCGACUAAUAUUUCAAAUGGCAAAUCAAUUUCGGUCUGCUGGCCCACAAAAUCGAGCAG